AUGCUAUUCAAGAAAUCGUCAUCAUCAUCUGUUGUCACUACUAACAAAAUUAAUAAGAGGAAAAUUUUCAAAUCUAAAAUUAUAUCAACCACAUUAACUUUGGUAACAAUAUUGCUGUUUAUAUUUUUAACCUCGAAUGAAUUAAGCGGUUGGAUUAACAACAUUGAAGCUUCAAUACAUCAAAUAGUUACAUAUAAGAAUACAAGUAGUACUCUCACUGAUAACGGAAAUGAUGUGCAUGAACAAAUGGAACAAAAUCCAGCUACUGUAGCAAAUACCAACACGGAACAUGCUAAAGAUACAAAUACCAAUAAAGAAGAGAAGAAUAGUAUUUUAGAUAGUAAAAAGUUAAUCAAUAAUGAUGAGAUUUUAUCAAAUCAACAAGUUAUUGAUCAUGAGAUUAAUUCUAUAUUGACUACCAUAAAAGCAACAACCAUUAAAUCUUCUUUACCGACGCCAGAAAUGAUGGGUAAGAAAUUUCCAGGUGAAAUACCUCCCACGCAACCCCAUAGUACUAAAACAUUGGUAAAAUCAACCAUUACAGAAUACAAGCAUAAUGACGAUUUUGAUCCAAUGAUUUCAUUUCAUGAAAUUAUAAAUACAUCACCUGUAGUGAUUUUUUGCAAAUUUGGUAGUAAAGAUUGCGAAUAUUUAACAAAUUUAUUAAAUUCAGAAUACGAGAUAACACCUCAACCCAUAGUAGUUGAGUUAAAUAAACAUAAACAUGGCAAACUAUUACAAGACUAUAUUCAAAAUAACAAACUAAUUGUUUAUGGUGAAACAUUACAAGGUCUAAACUAUGAUAAUGAACUUUUAUUGGACGUUCCUUAUUUGUUUAUAAAUGGUGCUUCCAUCAUUAAUAGAGGUAUUUCCCAUGAUAUCAAGAAGCUACAUAAGAACAAUCAAUUGUUGGACAGGUUUAAUCAUUAUGCUAGUGAUAAUGUCUCAUUUAAGCGUAUCGGAAGUCCAUCAAAUAACUAA